ACAUAUGCGGCACACAGUCACAGUUGAUGAGGGAUCUACAGGUGUCAUCCUUCUCCCAGUUUGUGACCGCAUGUGUUGGAGGGUUAGGCUUAAGUGUUACUGGACUCUUCCACACACAUAUUACAAGGAUUCCCAGCUGUGCUAAGACAUACAAUGAUGGGGAGAUGAUCAGCAGUGGUCACCUACAGUACAAGCCUGACUUGACCCGGUGUGAUAAUUGCAUGCUGCAUGUCCGAUAACCGUCCCAUCACCCACCUGCACUUCCUCUCAUUUCUGAUGCAUGGCCCUCCUUUAGAGAUGAAUACGUCUCACCGUUCCUUGCAUGUUGUGCUGUGAAUGUGGCGUCAUGAGGAAAGACAGGGAUAACCCUCCGGCACUGUCAUCCACAAAACCAUGCCAGGGCCAGACACACUAUGGACGAGAGCUAAAAAGGCUGCAUGCUGAUUUGGAAGCAGAGAAGCACCGUACACAGCGGGCCAGUCGACACCUCUCUGUGGAGCUUAGGCACCUGCGGGAAGAAGCAGAGAGGGAACUGCAGAGGGCCGUGAGGGAGCUGACGGCCAGGCGAGGGUGCCAAAAAGACAGGCUCUAUAACAGACAUUGCCGUCUGCUGGCUAAUGAGGUGAACAUUAAAGACAGUGGACGAUGCGCUGAGGUUGAGUCCACAGGGAGAGAGGCUUUCUGUUUUGGAGAAACUUACACAAAGCUGGAGCAGUUGCUGCUGACGCUGAAUGAAAAUAUAAAUGGUGAGCAGGCAGUCUAUAAAUUGCAUCACAGGGAGGAAUUGGAGCUAGAAAAGGCCAUCUUCCUCUGCCACCUACUAGAGGCCUAUGGAAGACUGGUGCAGGGGAGGCAGAGAGCAGAACCCCGCAGCUACAUUUUUAAAAAGCCAGAUCAAGAAGACAGCAGUAACUCCUGGCAGACAAAGCCUCUCCUAACAAACUCCAGGGCCUUGCUACAGAGAUCCCAGAGUGCCUCCCACUCACCAAACAAGAAAACCAAACAAGAUCGACGAAAGCAGCCUUUAGGGAGGGCCCUCAGUGUAGCUGACCCCUGCACCACUGCUGCAGUCGUGGACACCUGUCGGGGCAGCUCUCUGAAAAUUUGUCACCCUCACAACACUCCCCAUGCAGGCUGGGACAACCAGCCCCCCUACUGCGCAGAGUCCUCUGGGUCAGGCAUGUCAUCGCCCUCCAAAUGCAUGGACAGAAACAUGGAGAGAGUGAUGUAUGACCUGUGCACUCGGCCUGAGCAGCCCGAGCCUGCACCGGCACCCACAGAGAUGGAGAGCCGUGAAGUGGCUGAAGCUCUUGGACGACAACAGCGGGAGCUGAGGGGUUCAGAAGAGCAGGAUAACAAGCAACAUGGGCUAUUGGACAAGGCAGUCCCAGCCACGGCUAAUAUCACCUCAACAUCACUGUUAGGAAAAAGGCACCACUCGCUGUAUGCAAACCUUAAUGGUUUUGAAGUGGAAGGCAUACGCAAGAAUGGUACUGACUAUGGGUUCCUGGUGCGUCAGAACUCUGAACUGUUGCGGGCUCUCGAUGAGCUGGAGAAGACUUGUACCACACUGAGGGAGGAGAAUGGCCUGCUGCGGAAGAGCAGCGCCCCAGAGACUGAGGAGAAGGUCAGACGGUUGAGGAGAAAGAACACAGAGCUGGCUGUUCUUGCUAAGAGGCUGGAAGAGAGGGCUCGAAAACUGCAGGAGGCCAACCUCAAAGUGGUGAAUUCCCCGUCACUGAUGAGACCCGGGUCAGUGGAACAGUACAAGAGGGCGUUUGCCCGUCAGCGAGCUCGUGACCUCGCCCAGCACGCCGAUGCACUGCUGUCUAAGGACAAAGAGAUUGCUGCCCUACAGCAAGAGUGCAGAGAGCUGGAGGCACGGCUGGGCACCACUAAGGGCUCCCCUGUUCCAUCUGGCAGAGUGGAAUUUGAGAGGCUUCUCAGGGAGUCUCAGAGGGAGGUGCUGCGGCUCCAGAGGCAGCUGUCGGUCACAUCAUCCAGACAGAAGCACGACCAUAGCCCCGACCCUGGUGGCCCAGAGAAGUGUGGGGAAACUGGGAAGGAGGAGGGGGAAGAGAAGGUUGUAGAAGAGACCCCGAGUGUGGUAUUAGAUGAAGCUCCAUCCAGGUGUGAGAAGACUCCCGGAGAGGAGGAGGAGUCGUGGCUGCGAGUGACGCCCCAACCGGGCCUUAGCCCGAGCCCCUCCCAUCAGGAGGAACGCACAGAGGAGCAGCGCCUACAGUUUCUGGAAAGUGAGCUGAGCAAGAAGAGAAAAGAAUGUGAAAACCUUGAGCAUGAAGUAAAGAAGCGACAGAAGAGAUGUCUGGAUUUGGAGAGCCAGCUUGAGGAUGAGCGAGGCAAAAAUGAGCAACUAAAGGAGGAGGCAAAUCUCCUCAGGAGGAAGGCACAGCUGCUCGACCAGACUCGGGCUGAGAAUGAGGAGCUGAGGGAAGAUCUCUCUGAAGUGACCGCUCAACACAAUUCAGUUCUCGAGGAGAACCAGAGACUCCGUGCCAAACUGGAGAACCUAGAGCAGGUCCUAAAGCAUAUGCGAGAGGUCGCCGAGCGAAGGCAGCAGCUGGAAUUGGAACAUGAGCAGGCACUGGCUAUCCUUAAGUUCAAACAGGAUGAAAUCAAACGGUUACAGCGGGCUCAGUUAUUCGCCAAGAGGGAGCAUGAAGGAGUGGUUCAGAUGCUGGAGGAGUUGACUCAGCUUGUGUUGCAGAGGGAGCUGUCAAAGGUACGAGAGCUGGAGGACAAAUGUCGCAGCCAAAGCGAACAGUUUGGCUUGCUGUCCCAAGAGUUGGAGAAGUUCCGACUGCAGGCCUCGAUGGUGGACCUGGCCAGCUCUAGCCUCCUUAACAAUCCUGGCCUCUCUGUUCUGACCAAUGGGGUGGGCCUGACUGCUGAACGAGAUGUGGCCACUGCUUUGCGGAUGGGGGCCACCCCCCACGCCGCAGGGCUGUCCAGGGUGGAGCGCUCACCUGUCACCAAGCAUCGAGAGCUGCCCACCAUCAGUGUCAGCAAGUCAGGCUCUUCCUCCAGCAAGUCGGAAACCACACACCUCACCCCCAAGUCUGACACCCACCUCAGUCCGCACAAAUCAAGCCCAACACAUGAGGUGGACACUGCCAGUGAAGUAGAAGAGCUUGACAUUGACAUAGCCCCGGCACCUUACACAGCCAGCAGAGGAGCAGCAAAGCUUCAGGUUUUCAUUGCAAGAUACAGCUAUAAUCCAUAUGACGGCCCCAAUGACAACCCUGAAGUGGAGCUUCCACUCACUGCUGGAGAAUACAUCUAUGUGUAUGGAGACAUGGAUGAUGAUGGCUUCUAUGAAGGUGAGCUGAUGGAUGGACGGAGAGGGCUGGUCCCCUCCAACUUUGUGGAACGUGUAUCGGACGACGAUGUCAUGAGCACUCACCAUCCAGAGACAGGGGACAUGUCACAUAACUCCCUGCUAGACAGCAGCUUGCACAGUGCCAGCCACCAGCAUCACCUCCACAUGGGCGUCAGCGCCUCAGAAAGGACGGAAGCCUCUGCUGCCUCUGGCCCUGCCUCAGCCCCUUCAGAUUCAGCAUCGGCCUUGGCUGUCCCAGCCCCCCUCACCAACGGCCUGGACUUGGAUUUGGAGGAGGUGGGAGUGGACAUUGUGCCUUACCCACGUAAGCUCACCCUCAUCAAGCAGCUUGCCAAGAGCAUCAUCAUCGGCUGGGACCCUCCGUUGGUGCCGGCUGGGUGGGGCAAUGUGUGGAGCUAUAAUGUGUAUGUGGACCAGGAGCUGCGGCUCAAUGUGCCCUUCGGUUCACAGACCAAAGCGGUGCUGGAGCGGCUAGACAUAAACCUCAAGGCCUACCGUGUGUCAGUGCAAAGCCUAACAGAGAAGGGCCUCUCAGACCAGCUGCGCUGCAGCAUGCUGGUCGGACGGGAUGUUUCUGUGGCGCCCACGCAGCUCCGCGUGGAAAGGGUCACCGCCACCUCUGCCAACCUGACCUGGCUGCCCAGCAACAGUAACUAUGUGCACAUUGUGUCCUUGAAUGACGAGGAGUGUGAGCUGGUGAAGGCUGGCUGCUGCUCGCUGUGCCUCAAUAACCUCUUGCCCAGCCUGCAGUACACAGUCAAAGUGGAGGCACGGCCGCACCGCACGCCAUGGGAGUUACCUGUGGAGCGACGUGAACACAGAAGCGCUACAAUCAUCUUCACCACACUGAUGGCAGGUCCCCCUGAUGCUCCUCUGGAUGUACAACUGGAGCACGGUCCCUCCCCGGGGAUCGCCCUCAUCAGCUGGCUGCCAGUCACUAUAGAUGCUGCUGGGACCUCCAACGGAGUCCGAGUCACUGGGUACACUAUAUAUGCUGACAAGAAAAAGGUGCUGGAGGUGUCUUCCCCAACAGCCGGCAGUGCCCUGCUGGGCCCUUCUCAGAUCCAGUCCCUGCUGGCAGCUCAGGAGCUUACUGUCCGCACCAUGUCCGCUCACGGGGAGUCCUGUGACUCUUUGCCAGUCAAUGUGCCCUCCAAGCUGGCCGCCAUCAUGGCAGGUCCAGCUGUCACCCCCCCAGUUGUGCCACCCCUAUCCUGCACCCCUGCAGGUUCCAGUAACCCGCCCUCACCGAUGCCCUACGGGAACUCUGCUGCCAAAGUCUCCAUGUUGCCCAGCAUUUUGCCAUCGGACAUGCACAUCACUGGCCUCACAGAGGAAGCUGCUGCCAACCCUCCUCAUGCUCUCUACUCAGAAUAUCUUCUCUCAUCUGCCUCAUAUGUGAAGGCCUGGGCCAACCCCUCAUCUGCUGCUGCCUUGGCUGCGUGUGAGGCCACAUCACCAGAAGUCUCCACCAUCACACCAGUGGUUAAUGUGACCUCCCCCACCACCUCAGCACCUCAACCAUCUCCAGUAGCAGCACCAGCACCUGCACAAGCACAAGUAACAGCAGCAGCAACAGUGCUGGAGCAACUCAGAGACACAGACAGCCCUGGAGCGAUACGUCCGUUCCCUUCUAUCACAGAGUUCAUCGAGGACCCCAGUGCCAAGCUCAGGACCCCUGAGCGUAUCCCUAGUCCACCCAAAGUCCCCAUCACAGACUUCCUUAACCCUGAAGACACUAACCUCCUCCGACCCCCCUGCCCUUCACCGCUGGAGUCAGAGGUAGAAGAGGAGCAAGAGAAUACCCGCUUGGUGUCCAUUGAGGAGUUCUUGAGACAGGACCAAGAGCCAGCGUACUGUAGCAGGCAGCAGAGCUACAGCAGAGGGCUCGUGGAGCCUCCCAGUGACUACCACGCAGACAACAGCCGUUCAGAUCUGUCUGACAUCCUGGAGGAGGAGGAGGAGGAGGACCUUUACUCUGACCACCUCGGAGAAGCACAGGCCAGGGGCUACACUGUUGGAGCUAAUAGGUCAUGCAAGUCAGAGCCUUCAGACAGUGAUGAGGAGGUUCUUGAGAGGAUCCUUAAGUUGCCUCCUCAGGUCUCCAAAAGCAAGCAGCUGUUCAUUAUUCCUGAGGUGACGGAAGAAGAAGAUAGCAGUCAAGAAGAGCCUUCAAUCCACCAUAGUCAGCCUCGGCUCAGGCCCAGCCCCCUUCACCCCAGAGACUCAGAACGCCUCCACCAUGCCCCACAGCAUCACCCACAUCACCCUAACCCACACCCAAACAUUCCCCCUCACCAUCACCACUUCAACAGGGAUCCUAGAUCCCUAACCCAAGAGCCUUUACUCAGGCACGGACCCCUGCAGGUCAAGCCUAAGACACAGCACAGGGUGCACUACGCAGACACAGUUGACACCAUCAGUUAUCCCGAACAAGACAUGAGUUUAUAUGAUGGUCCCACCAGCAGGCGGGCCUCAGCCCGCUGUCCUCCCCAACCGACCCCAAACAGCAAGGAAAGAGUACUGCUCAGAGGGCUAGGGGACCGCCUUAGGAGGGAGGCCAUGCUCAGGAGUCAGAUGGCUGUCACCGCAGCAGCCAACCCUGGCUAUGGUCCAACCCCGCCAAGACCCUACCCAGUCAGCAAAACAGUAAGGACACUGAGGUCACCUAUUAGUCGCGGGGUGGAGAUCGACGUGGAAUACGGCACAGACGACAACGAGGAGCCUGUGGAGUACAGUCCCGGGGAGGUGGUGGUGGAGCAGAUGAGCUCCGAGUGGUGGGUGGAGGGGGCUCAAAUGGAGCCCUGCAGACCUUCUCUCCGCCGCGGGCUGAAGGCUGAUCUACUGGAGCCAAGUCAAAUCCCUCCAGCUGAGAAAGGUCCGUCGCGGGGAGCCCAGGCCGAGCUCUCUUCUAAACCAGUGUGCUUGCAGGCCAGGCAACUCAAAGGUGGUGUUGAUUCAUCAAAGAUAAAAGGAGACAGUGACAUACGCAUCUUCGUGGCCCUCUUCCCUUAUGAUCCUGCCACCAUGUCACCCAAUCCUGAUGCUGCUGAGGAAGAGCUGCCCUUCACUGAAGGACAGAUCAUCAAGGUUUACGGAGAUAAAGACUCAGACGGGUUCUACCGAGGAGAGUCUGGUGGUCGUCUGGGCUUUGUGCCAUGUAACAUGGUGUCUGAGAUCCAGGUGGAGGAUGAGGAGACCCGCCUGCAGCUGCUGCAGCAGGGCUUCUUGUCCACAGCAGCCUCCAUGGAAAAGAUAGUGGAGUCUGCGGCACUCUGGGACGAGAGCGUAGACUCCUCCAGCCAAGAUCCCAGCCAGACUCCCACCGCUGCUGCUGCGGGGAACCCAGCACCAGGAGCUCGCAGGAUGGUCGCCAUCUUUGAUUAUGAUCCACGAGAGAGCUCCCCCAACACUGACAUAGAGGCUGAGCUGACCUUCAGUGCAGGAGACAUCAUACAUGUGUUUGGUGACAUGGACGAAGAUGGCUUCUUCUACGGAGACUUGAAUGGACACAGAGGCUUAGUACCCUCCAACUUCCUGCAGGCCUUACCAGAAGAUGCUCCAGUAGAACCUCUCUCUGCUCAGCCUGCACCAGAACCCAGGAAAGAAUCACAGGGUACCCGGACAUCUUCUACAGAGCCUCAACAUCCAGGGAACUCAACAUUAGAAGAGGCUUUGCACCGCCAAACAGAACCUCUCCCUGACCCAAUAGAGGUCACAGACCUGCGACCCAAACUGGCACCCACUGCAAGCCCCGCAUCAGACCUUGACCCCGCUCCAGGUCCAGGUCCAGCUCCAGAUCCAGCUUCAGGUCCAGCUCCAGCUGCAGCGGAGGCCUGCUGCUCCCCUCCAGCCCCCCUUCCAGCAGCCAGCCUGACACAGACAGACUGUUCUGCACAAGGCAAGAAGAAGAAAGGCUUUUUCUCCAAAGGCAAGAAGCUGUUCAAAAAGCUGGGAUCCAGCAAGAAAGAAUGAGAGUCAGGACAUCUGACUCCAAAUACUCGCGUCACAUUGAAAGCACUUUUUCUAUCUUCACUGUUAGUCUCAGUUGGUAGUCAGCGUGGUCAGUGGCUAUCAGAUCCUUUAUAAAUUAUGGAUUUGCCUUAGAGCACUGCAAGACCGGCUGUUCAAUUUAGACUUUACUUUAAAACAUCAACAUACAGCUUACAGUAACACAAGAGCAUGUAGAAGUGCAUGCUGAAGUGUGCAAACUCACAAAUAUAUUCUCUAAAUACUUCCUAAUUAUCUAAGCGUAAGCAAAUGUUCAGCUCAGUAAAGGCUUUAAUGCUUGAUAUAAAACACUUAGUUAGUCCCCAAUGGAUCAGGUUCAUUUAGAGAACUCUGAUACAGAGCGAUGUUGGACAGCAGACCAGACUUCAGCCCAGCUCAGACACGGCUAAUUAAACAUUAGCUUUAAUGCUCAUGUACUGGUGCCACUUUAUUUAUUUGAAGCAAGCGAACAGAAGCAGCAGUCCCUCUCUUCCUCUGUGUGACUAUAAUGCACUAUCCAUUCUGAAUGGAUGUAUUUUAAAUAUCUCUCUGCUUGUCCCUCACAUGCGUUUCUUGUCUUCAAGAGUAUUUAUACAGUACUUUGUACAGAACAUGUUAUUUAUUUGUAUCAGACUCUUGCCCUAAUCAUCACCACAUUGCAUGAAGUAACAUAAGGGCAGGAGGUUAGUUAUAUAGAGCUGUCAGAGACAGUGAUGAGCCACUUUGUUAUGUGUAGUUUUAAUUUAAUGUAAUUGGGGUUUGAGGUUAACAGUCAAGGUAUUUAUUGAAGUUGAACAUACUGGUAAAUAUAAAGAAUGUGAAGGGGGGCCCUUCUUGUGGGUGGGUUGGUGGUGGGUUAAGGUAAAGCUGCCCAGUCCACUGGUGAGACUGAAAACAAAUGCCUUUUUUCAGACAUUAACACGGAAACUCUACUCCUGAUGUUUGUGACAACCGUUGCACCUGGCCUAAAUGUUGUGGACAACAUAUUUUCUGUCUGUGUGUGAGUGUGUGAGAGAGAGACCUGCUGCGUGUGCAGAAAUGAUGUAGUGUCUAGUGAUCGGUAGGCUGCUCUGUUAGCUAAUAGGGCUGCAACUGAUGAUUAUUAUAAAAUCAUUAUCCAUUCCUAGUUUUUGGAUUAAUAAUUUGAGCUGUAAAACAAAUGGCCAUCGCAGUUUUCUUACAGCCCAAGAUGGUCAUCAAGGGUCUUCAGAUCCAGAUCAAAACUCAAAAGAUAUUUGAUUUACUAAAAUGGAAGACAAGGAAAAUCAGCAGAUUCUCACACUUGAGAACGUAAAAUCCAUCAAACAUAAAUAUUGUGUGUAUAUGAAUGGAUAGAGGAGAAUAUUGACCAUGUGGAUAGACAUUGUGAGCCUUAUUACUGUCUAAAAAAACCCAUCUAUAUUUGAACAACAUGAAAAAAGUUAAUAUUAAUGGAUUUUCUCACUCCUAUUCUUGUUAUGGAACUAGAGUUCUAAUAACUUGAUAUGAAGAGGAAGUACAAUGUUGCCAUGCAGUCAGUUAGCUGUUAGCUAACUUCAGCCCUGUUGACAUAUUGACACUAUUAAUAAUAUGUUUGUAUCUUUCCUAUGGAUGUACAGACAACUAUCACUAGAUUACUUAGAUUAGAGUGAAGCUGUGUCCUGAUUGCGGGUUACACCGAUAACCACAGCAGCCUGAUGCUAAACACACAGUCUGUAAGCUUGUGGGAUAGAGUGGGGUUUGACCGGCGCAUGUUGGGUGUUUUUACAUAGAACACAGCGAACAGGAACAUAACAACUCGGUAGAGCUGCAAUACGUUUUUUUUUAUCUUUUCUUUUGCCUCCAUGUUAUAAAGAAGCUCAACGUGUGGUGUGUGUGGUGUGUGUGGUGUGUGUGUGUGUGUGUGUGUGUGUGUGUAUGCGUGUGUGAAUAUUGGGUGAGACCGGCUACACGGUGUUCCAACAUCUUCAUCAGCCCACGCGGUGUAGUGGUGAUUUGUUUAAAGCAACUUUAGCAAUAUAGUGUAUUGUGUACUGCAAUGCUAGAACUAAAAUAGAGCCAUUCUCUAUCUUUUAAUGGUUUGUGACCGUUUAGCUUUGAACAAGUAUUUUGUUUUGAUGUGAAUACGUGGACCAGGCCUUAGCAUUCAGUUUGUUAGUCGGUUACAACGCAUGCAGUGAUUGUUCACUCGCUCUGAUUGGAUCUUUUAUCUGUGUGACACAGGGCUGUUAGGUAACUUCUCAGGUUUUCACUUGUAGUUUCUUAUUAACGCUGAGCCACCUGUUGACUCUGGCUGUCAAGAACUGCAGAAUAUGCCAAACUCUUAGGUGCUUUGCCUGUUACCAUAGCUAUGAGAGACCCAGCAUCCGGCAGCAUGGGGACAUUCGGCGGACUGUAAUCUGGGUCGAAGCGUUUGAAGAGGGUUGUUUUGAAGAUCAGACCUGCUUUCACUCACGUUGAAGUUUUAACACGUGGGUAGAUGGAGUCACACCUGAUCACACAAGUUGGAGGCACAUUUUGUUUUUCUUUAAUGUCAUGAUUGUUUGAAUUGUUUCGUCAGUGUUACAUAAAGGGAGCAUGAUGAUGCCAAGAAUAAAAGGGAGGGCAGAACAACAAAGACACUUUAGAUGUGAGAGUAGCCGGGAUAGAGGCAAGACUGAGGCUGUACUGUAUGUAUUGUUUUAUUUAAGCUUUUUUUUUUUUUUUUUAAGGGCAGAGGGAGGGUGGACACUCAAAAGUUGCCGAAAUGUACAGCGAAUAUUUGUACUGAUCUUGUAUUUGACGGCCUUUAAUGCACAAGUAUUCCUCUACCUGCUGUGUAGUGAGUAGGCAGCUCCACUGUUGACUGAUUAGGACCUAGACCCAUAUAGGUAGUGUUUUAGCUCAGUUGAUCAUAUUUAGCCUUACAAGAAGACCUUGUUUAGUCUUAAUAUGUUGUUUACAGGAUGUUUAUUGAUUGCAUGCAUACCAAUGUUAUACCCAUGUUCGGCCUUAUUUAUGUUACUGUCAUAUUUGUGUUUUUCUAGGCUGACGAGUCUACAAUAUUCGACUUGUAGAUUGUCAGUGCAGUGGAAAGGACUCAGUAGGAGCUGUCUGUAUAUAAUGGACAGCGUUGGGACUUGUGAGAUAUUUUCAUACAAUGCGGGACACUUCUUUAUUUAGGUUUUUUUUUUGUCUUUCCUGACCUGCAUUCAUUAUUUGAAACCAGUGGAAGAUUUACCUUUUUAUAUAUUCAUGUUUUUAUUACCCUUUUGGAAGCUCAUCUGUAAAUAUUUUUGUUAAUAUUGUUUUUCAGAUAUUUGUUUUUGUUUGUUUGGGGGGAGGGGUUUGUUUUGUUAUUUUUUUGUUUUUUUUUUGCAUGUACGGGCAUUGUCAAUGGAGGAACAGUAACUAAAGAUGUAGUGCACAGAGGACUCGUUGACUUGAAAUUGUGAUGGUUUCUUUCACUAUGGAUCUUUUUACAGGAAUAAAGUAUGUAUAUUUUCACAGAAAA